AAAAACAAGAAGGGACGGCCAGGGGCAGACUGAACUCCAAGCCAGUGUUCUUCCACCAAAUUCCUCCACCCCAACCCUUCUCUCUCUCUCUUCGAAUCUGGUGUCUAGGGUUUCUGCUUCUCAAUCUCAAUUUCUGCAUAAUCAAGCCAAAUUCACCUGCACCUCGGGGCUGAAAAUUAAAUCCCUUACAUCUUCUAAUUUGGCCAAUUUCUAAAAAGAUAAAGAAGUCACUCAAUCGAGCUGCUCAGCUGAGAGAAAGAAGGGAUGGCGAAGACGAAGCCUGGAAAAAAGGAUCUUGAUUCAUACAAUAUCAAGGGCACCAACAAAGUCGUUAGACCGGGUGAUUGUGUGUUGAUGAGGCCAUCUGACUCAGACAAGGCUCCAUACGUGGCCAAAGUGGAGAACAUCGAAGCUGAUCAUAGGAACAAUGUGAAAGUACGGGUCAGGUGGUACUACCGCCCUGAGGAAUCCAUGGGUGGUCGCAGGCAGUUCCAUGGCGCGAAGGAGCUGUUCCUGUCCGACCACUUCGAUGUGCAGAGUGCUCACACGAUCGAAGGCAAGUGCAUUGUACAUACCUUCAAGAACUACACGAAGCUUGAGAAUGUCGGCACAGAGGAUUACUUUUGUAGGUUUGAGUACAAGGCUGCAACUGGAGGGUUUACUCCUGACCGUGUGGCUGUGUAUUGCAAAUGUGAGAUGCCUUAUAACCCCGAUGAUCUCAUGGUUCAGUGUGAGGGAUGCAAGGACUGGUUUCAUCCUUCAUGUAUGGGCAUGGCCAUCGAAGAAGCGAAGAAAUUGGACCAAUUCUUAUGCUCUGAUUGUUCAUCAGAUAAUGAUGGCAAAAGGUCAUUGAACUCUUCCCUGGUCUCAUCUGAUGAUGAGGGAAAGGUGGAGCCAAAGCGCAGGAAGAGGUGACACGUUGGUCGGGAUGCAUCAUCGCGAGGUUGUUCUCUUUUCUUGCAUAGCAGCACAUAGUAGCUCUAGCAUUAUUGUUGUACCAUGGAAAUGUACAGUGCAGAGAGAUGCUGAACCAUAAAAAAAGCCCGAGGCUUUCUUUCACUAUCUAUUGGCUACUUCUGUUCAUUGUUUCCCGCGUCUGCACUGACUAAGAUAUUUAACUGUCUGCCUCCUUGUGUCGUGCAUGACCAUGAAUGGAGCGCGGAAAACACACACAUCGUUGUAUGUAUUAGGAUGCAGAGGGUGUUUAUUCAUUUACAAUCGGAAAAUGUGUCGACGUGCUUGUCUGUUUGGGGUCCCUGUGUUAUUUUGCUGCAGAUUUUAGAUUUUGAACCUUGAAUUUGCUUGAGUUAUGUUAGAGUUUGUUGUUGAUAAUUGCAAAAUCUAGUUGUUUGUGCA